UGUAAAAAUUCCAUAUUAGAAAAGGGUGGAAAGCUAACCCAAAUAGGGGAGGGGAGAUGGUGGCGGUGGCGGGGUUGCCGUUGAGAGAGGCGGGCGUGUUGAAAGGGCACGAGGGUGCAGUGCUGGCCGUCCGAUUCAACGGCGAUGGAAACUACUGUUUGAGCUGUGGCAAAGAUCGCACCCUCCGUCUCUGGAACCCUCACCGAGGUAUCCACAUCAAAACCUACAAGUCCCAUGGCCGCGAGGUCCGCGACGUCCAUGUCACCCCGGACAACGCAAAGCUGGUGUCUUGCGGCGGUGAUCGCCAGAUCUUCUACUGGGACGUCUCCACCGGCCGCGUUAUCCGAAAAUUCCGCGGCCAUGAUAGUGAGGUCAAUUCUGUUAAGUUUAAUGAGUAUGCCUCAGUGGUUGUUUCUGCCGGGUAUGAUCAGUCUGUGCGUGCAUGGGAUUGCAGAUCUCAUAGUACAGAGCCAAUUCAGAUAAUCGAUACGUUUCAAGAUAGUGUGAUGUCUGUUUGCUUGACGAAGAGUGAAAUUAUUGCUGGAAGUGUUGAUGGAACUGUUCGCACAUUUGAUAUUCGGAUUGGUAGAGAGCUUGUUGAUGACUUGAAGCAGCCUGUCAACUGUGUUUCAUUAUCAAAUGAUACUAAUUGCAUACUAGCAAGUUGCUUAGACUCUACUCUACGACUCCUUGACAGAUCCAGUGGGGAACUUCUACAAGAAUACAAGGGCCAUACAUGCAAGUCAUUCAAGAUGGAUUGCUGCUUGACCAACUCUGAUGCUCAUGUAACUAGUGGAUCUGAGGAUGGGUUUAUUUACUUUUGGGAUUUGGUAGAUGCUUCGGUCGUCUCAAAAUUCAGAGCUCAUGCAUCUGUGGUAACAAGUGUGAGUUAUCACCCAAAGGACUCUUGCAUGAUAACAUCGUCGGUGGAUGGUACUGUUCGUGUAUGGAAAGAAUGAGCUACGUUUAGAUUAUUUGAUCAUGUUUGGAUGCAUCAUCAUCAUAACUCCAUUCUUCAGUGCCCAGUGAUGAUUUCAUGUUAAUGAAUGGAAUAGCCAUAAUUGUCAUUAAUAUCUAACUCAACUUAAUUAUUAUGCCUUAGUAUCUGUAAUUUAUAACAUGUUGCAAAUUUUUAAUUUGACUUCCUCUGCCUAUUAAAUUCUUUA